ACGUGUGGCAAAGAUGGAGUCGGCUGUGGGCCUGGAGGAGGAUUUCCAGCUCUUCAUAGACUUUCACGGCGGCGCGUUGCGAGCCUCGGGAGUGCCUCCGCUUUACUGGAAGAGCUUGCACCUUAAACUGGCGCAGGAGGUAUUUGAUGCUGGUGAAGUAUUUGGGAUCAUGCAAGUAGAAGAUGAUGAGGUUGAUGAAGAUGAUCCAGAGGAAAAGAUGUCACUUAACCCAGGGACACCCCCUGUUUACAAAGUCAUCAUCACCAAAGAAGAGGGGCUUCAGGCAGCAAACCCAGAUAGUAUUUUCUUAAUUGAUCAUGCCUGGACCUACCGAGUGGAUCAAGCUCGUCAGCAGCUUUGGGAAAUCCCUGGCUUGCUGCACCGGAUGGCCAAUCUUGCUGGGGUGGAAUUCCACGGAGAAGUCCCAGAUGAUGAUAUCAUUGACAAUGUGUUGGCUGAGUUGUGGGCUUUCAGCCACACAUAUAAGCUAUCCCAGGGGUCAGCGGAAGAACAAGUACCAAUGUGGUAUGUCAUGGAUGAGCUUGGGUCUCAGAUCCAGCACUCUGACGAACCAACGUUUCAAAUCGUUCCAUUCUUUUAUGGACUGGGACAGAUGGCCUUCUCCUUGUUGUGGCCACUGCGGAAUCUCGAUCAUGGUGAAGAGGUCACGUGGGAUCAUGCACAUGGUGAGCGAAACCCUCUGAUCCGGAAAUGCAGGCUGUUGCCUUGGCAACCAGCUGACUUGAGGGAGGUUGAUGCAAGCAUCAGCGAACCGCCAGAAGACUACUUUAAAGCUGUUUUAGCUGACAAUAAAGAAAUUCUUCCUCUUCCGAUAGAACCACCAGUUUAUCAGAAGGAUAAAAUUUUUAAGAUUUAUACAGAUAUUAAACAAGUGUUGGAAAAUCUGAAUGCCCCACGCUUUGUUUUUACAGAAGAUGAAAAGGAGGCCGAUAUUCUAUACUUGUACCAUCAUAUCAAAGACUACAGGGCUCUGAGUGAGAAGAGGCCCCACGUUAUGGUCAAUCAGUUUCCAUGUGAAAACCUACUGACAAUGAAGGAUUGCUUGGCUGCCUUGGCUAGGCGAGCUGGAAGUGUGGAUGGUCCAAAGUGGUUGCCACUUACCUAUAACCUUAGCACUGAGCUACCUCAGUUUGUGAGCUGUUACCAACAGCGUCAAGACAGAGGCGAGGACAAUCACUGGAUCUGCAAACCCUGGAACCUUGCUCGAGGUCUAGACACACACAUAACGAACAACCUCAACUACAUCAUUCGCCAAAGGGAAAGUACGCCCAAGGUGGUGUGCAAGUACAUUGAGAAUCCAGUGCUGUUUGAUAGAGAAGACGUAGAAGGAUUGGUUAAGUGUGACAUUCGGUACAUUGUUCUUCUCCGUUCAGUCCAACCAUUGCAGCUGUAUGCAUACAAUGUAUUCUGGCUCCGCUUUUCCAAGAGGCCUUUCCCCGUGGAUCAUCUUGAUGAUUACCAGAAACAUUUUACAGUUAUGAACUAUGUUGAUGAAACUCAACUUAAACAGGUUCACUACAAUGAGUUCAUUCCAAUGUUUGAGAAGCAAUACCCCAAGUAUACAUGGACAAGUAUUGAAGAGGAAAUAUAUAAAUCAUUUGUUGAACUAUUUCAAGUCGCUACUGCUAAACCUGCCCCCUUUGGUAUCUGCAAUUAUCCAUCCUCCCGAGCGAUAUAUGCUAUUGACCUCAUGCUGAAGUGGGAUACUGAUGGUGACGGGAAACCAAUCAUGCAACCUCAGAUCCUCAAGGUGAAUUAUAGCCCUGAUUGUGCCAGAGCCUGCAAGUAUCAUCCCAGCUUUUUCAAUGACAUUUUCAGUGUACUCGCCUUGGAUGAGGUGGCUGGUCACAAUGUCACUCGCUUGAGCUAAUCCUAUCUGGAUUCAUGACACGGAUUGUUGCAGAUCUUCCAGGUUUGAGGAAAACCACUCAGCAAGUGGUGGAUGACACCAGACAUCAAGAAGAUACAGACAUGAGAAAGUUAAAUUGCAGAUUGGGCCCUUCUAUGCCUUUCACAUCAUUGGAAGUAGAGUUUUCAAGCCUAUUUUUAAGUUUCCUUCCAGUAACUUUUGAGAAAAAAGCCCUGGAACAGCCUUAAUUUGCAGCUGGUUUAACAUUCUGACAUUAAAUAAGUAAUCUUGCUUUGAGUUGUAUGGUUUCUUUGUAGGAAUAGUGUUGAAGAUGGGAAAUUUUACAUGGUCAGGUAUACUUGCAAAUUUUUCUUCAAAGGUUUGUGUUCCUGAGUGGUGACUAAGGGCCAGCUACCAUAUCAGAAAUCCAUAUUGUUAGUGUCAUAGAGAAUCACAUUGUCUCAGAGUUUUACAGCCCAGAAAUGGGUCCUUCAGCCCACCACAUCCAUACCAACCUUAUUGCCCACCUACCCUCAUCCCAGUUGCCUGCAUUAGGACUGUAUCCUUCUAGGCCUUGCUAUUUAAGUAUCUGUCUAAAUAUCUCUUAAGUGUAAUAAUUGUAUCCGACUCCACCACCUCCACUGGCAGUGAGUUCCAGAUAUCAACCACCCUGUGUGUAGGGGAAAAAAAAUCAACUUGCCCGUCAAGUACCCUUUAAACCUCCAACCUCUCACCUUAAACCUGCGUUGCUUUGUUUUUGAUAAGCCUACCAUGGGAAAGAGAUUGACUAUACCCUAUCUGUGCUUCUCAAUCUUAUAUACAUAAUUGAAAUGUUUUGUUUUGCUUCUUUUGUUUUAAAGUUUAUGUAAAAAGUUGAAAAAUUGAAAAGGAGCUUAAUGGCUAAAGUAACUGGGGUUUAUUCACCUAGGUCUUAAAGUGAAUCAAAUGAGAGAUUACUUUUCAUCUUGGUUCUUCUCAUUUUUGGUUGCCUCUUCCAACCACCUCAACUGAAUUAUUUUGCAGUCUUUAAAACAGACUAAUUAUAAGUAAGUGAAGGCACUGUUCUCUUAAGGCUGUACUGCCUUGCUUUUCUCUGUUAGACUUUUUAUGUAACAGUCAGCCAUCAUAAUACAGUAUGCUCAAAAAACAGAGGUCCACACUGGUCACUUUUACAAGUUCCCUGGAAUUCUGGUUCCUCCAACUUCCUGCGGUUGUUUGUUCAGGCCCAGAGAUGAAGGAAGUCUGCCAAGAGAUCCAGAUGAAGAGGACGUGAGCUGGAAACACCACCUGAGUAAUGUCAUGUCCAGCACAGCUCUUCUGAAGGUACAGCUGACGCAAAGUGACUGGAACUUCAGGUAGCACCUGCUGGCUCUGCCUGAGGAUUACUUGAAGCUGCCUUUGCUUGCCUGAAGUGUUCCACUUCAUUGGCACACCAGUUCUUGCCUUGAAAACAUAGAACAUUACAGCACAGUACAGGCCCUUGGGCUCAUGAUGUUUUGCUGAUAUUUUAUCCUGCUCUAAUAUCUAUCUAACUCUUCCCUCCACAUAGCCCUCCAUAUCACUAUCAACAUAAAAGCGCCUGGAAUAGUCGUACCUUCCUGAAAAUGGUGCAGAUGUCUCCAAAAUUUUGUGCAGAUAUCAUCCAUAAAACUGUAAAAGUGCACAGCAUCUCAUUCUGUAUUGUGUAUCUGUAU